CCCUCUCCCUUCCACUAUUUCACUCACUUCUCCCUCCUUCUCCCUCCCUCUCUCCCUCCCUCUCUCGCUGCCACCUCUAGCAGGCCGUCUGCUCUGUAGGGACGAAUGGUCUCACAUUCAGCUUUAUGUAUCAUCUUGCAAGGUCGACUCUGAAAUCUUAUUUACAGAGACAGGAAUACCAGGUGCAUCGAGGAAGGGCUCCGCACUAGUCUCUGUGUGUGUGUGUGUGUGUGUGACUGAGUGAGUGUAUGUGUGUGUUUUGUGUCCUUUUGUCUGUGUGGUGUGUGUUCCAGAAGAGCUGUGCAGCGUUUUGCAAAAGAGUGCGAGCAGACAAAGCCGUCCGGCGAGCAGAUGCGGGUGUAAAGGAUGUGUGUUGGAGACUGGGGACCAGGAUGUAGGAAUGUAUUACCAGCAAGCUCUCUGCCGUCAAAGCUGCUUCUUAGACACCCAGAGAGGAUUGGAGAGGGGGAUGCUGUCUCCCUCUAACUGGACUGUGACUGCCCUUUGUCUGCAACCCCCUCUCUCUAUCUCCCUCCUUUCUUCUCCCUCUCCCUCCUUUCCCUCUGUGUCUGGUAUUGGGAGUGAGGAUGUGAGAGAGAGGAACAAAGAGAGGAGGUCACGUUCUAACCUUCUAACCUCAAGACCUGCUGCUGGAAAUAUAUGUAAAAAGAAACAACAUGCUCUGAGAGAUUCUCUCUCUCAUUUCUUCUCGUUUUUCUCCUCCUCCUCUUCCUCCCUUUCUUCCUCCUCCUGUUCCUGUGGCGAGUUCCUCCGUAGAGUCACGGUUCCACUAUGUCCUUGGCGUUCUGUGGAAACGAGAACAACUCGUUGGCGUACAACGUGGACCGCGGCGUCCUCAACAAUGGCUGCUUCCUGGACGCGCUCAACGUGGUGCCGCACAUCUUCUUGCUCUUCAUCACUUUCCCCAUCCUCUUCAUUGGCUGGGGCAGCCAGAGCUCCAAGGUGCACAUCCACCACAGCACCUGGCUGCACUUCCCUGGUCACAACCUGCGCUGGCUCCUCACCUUCAUCCUCCUCUUCGUCCUGGUCUGUGAGAUUGCAGAGGGCAUCGUCUCCGAUGGGUUCACACAGUCCCUCCACCUGCACCUGUACAUGCCUGCAGGCCUGGCCUUCAUGGCUGGGAUCACCUCCAUCAUCUACUACCACAAUAUAGAGACCUCCAACUUCCCCAAGCUACUGCUAGCUCUACUGUUCUACUGGGUCUUGGCCUUUCUGAUGAAGACCAUCAAGUUUGCCAAGUACACAGAGCACGGCAUCGGCCUGAGACAACUCCGCUACUGCAUCACAGGACUCCUGGUCCUGCUCUACGGACUACUGCUGGCUGUGGAGAUCAACGUCAUACUGGGCAGGCGCUACCUAUGUUUCACUGAGGCUAUGGAGGUGAAGCCCCCAGAGGACCUGCAGGACCUGGGGGUGCGGUUCCUGCAGCCCUUCGUCAACCUGCUGUCCAAGGCCACCUACUGGUGGAUGAACACCUUCAUCACGGCAGCCCACCACCGCCCCAUCGACCUCAAGGUCAUCGGCAAGCUGCCCAUCGCCAUGCGAGCCCUCACCAACUAUCUGAAGCUCCGCAAGGCUUUCGAGAGCCAGAGGAGGCCUCUGGGCUCCAUGCCGCAGGGCCCUAAGUGGAUCUGGAGGGCCCUACGCCAGGCGUUUGGACGGCCCCUCAUCAUCAGCAUCACCUUCCGCUUCCUGGCUGACCUGCUGGGCUUCGCUGGGCCCCUCUGUAUCUCUGGCAUCGUCCAUCACAUCAGCAAGGACAACCGCACCAUACAGCCCCCAAUAAAGCUGCUGGGGGUCUACUUUAUCUCCUCUCAAGAGUUCUUGGCGAAUGCCUACGUGCUGGCCGUGCUGCUGUUCUUCGCCCUCAUCCUGCAGAGAACCUUCCUCCAGGCCUCGUAUUAUGUGGCUAUCGAGACGGGCAUCAACUUACGAGGGGCUAUACAGACUAAGAUCUACAAUAAGAUCAUGCGGCUGUGCACCUCCAACAUGUCCAUGGGAGAACUGACAGUAGGACAAAUCUGUAACCUGGUCGCCAUAGAUACCAACCAGCUCAUGUGGUUCUUCUUCCUCUGUCCCAACCUGUGGGCCAUGCCAGUCCAGAUCAUUGUGGGGGUGAUUCUACUCUACUACCUCCUGGGGAUCAGUGCCUUUAUCGGGGCCACAGUCAUCGCUGUCCUGGCCCCUGUGCAGUACUUUGUGGCUACCAAGCUGUCCCAAGCACAGAAGAGCACUCUGGAGUACUCCAGUGAGCGGUUGAAGAAGACCAAUGAGCUGCUGCGGGGCAUCAAGCUGCUGAAGCUGUACGCCUGGGAACACAUCUUCUGUCACAGUGUGGAGGAGACCAGGGGCAAGGAGCUCAUCAGCCUGCAGGCCUUCGCCCUCUACACAACCAUAUCUAUAUUCAUGAACGCAGCCAUCCCUAUCGCAGCUGUCCUGACUACGUUUGUGGUCCAUGUGCACAUCUCUGAGGAGGCUGACCUGUCCCCUGCUGUAGCCUUCGCCUCCUUGUCUCUGUUCCACAUCCUGGUCACUCCCCUCUUCCUGCUCUCCAGCGUGGUACGAUCCACAGUCAAGGCCCUGGUCAGCGCCCAGAAGCUGAGUGAGUUCUUCAGUAGUGAUGAGAUUGGAGAUGAGCAGGAACCCAAUGCUACCAUGCCCUCCGGCCCCAGCAACCACAACAGCAAGUACCAGGCAGUGCCUCUGAAGGUGGUGAACAGGAAGAGACAUCCCAGGGAUGACUGGAACAACUAUAGCCAUGAGGGAGGCGACCCUCCCCCCCAGGAGGGAGACCAAGACCUCUGCAUCAGGAUAACCAGUGGAUAUUUCACCUGGACAGACGGGACUCCCACCCUGUCUAACGUAGACAUCAAGGUUCCCUUUGGUCAGCUGACAAUGAUCGUGGGCCAGGUGGGUUGUGGGAAGUCGUCCCUGUUGCUGGCAGCUCUGGGAGAGAUGCAGAGAGUCUCUGGGACUGUCACCUGGAACAUUUUGCCCAGCCUGGACUCAGAGGGAGAUGACAGCCCCACAUCAGACAAGGAUGCAGCUGGUGAUGGAGAUAUCCAGAAGAGAGGCUCUGUGGCCUACGCUUCCCAGAAGCCCUGGCUGCUCAAUGCGACGCUAGUGGAGAACAUCACCUUCGAGAUGCCCAUGAUCAAACCCAGGUACAAGGCUGUCAUUGAGGCGUGUUCCCUGCAGCCAGAUAUCGACAUCCUGCCACAGGGAGACCAGACGGAGAUUGGAGAGAGGGGUAUAAUUCUGUCAGGAGGGCAGCGCCAGCGUAUAGGUGUUGCCAGAGUCCUGUACCAACAGACCAAUGUGGUCUUGCUGGAUGACCCAUUCUCAGCGCUGGACAUUCACCUGAGUGACCACCUGAUGCAGGAGGGCAUCCUGAAACUGCUGAGAGAAGAGAAGAGGACUGUGGUUCUGGUCACUCACAAACUGCAGUACCUACCACAUGCUGACUGGAUCAUAGCGAUGAAAGACGGCACCAUUCAGACCGAGGGGACUCUGAAAGACAUCCAGAACUCUGAUCCUGAGCUGUUUGAACAGUGGAAGACCCUGAUGCACCGGCAGGAUGGGGAGUUUGAGAAGGAGACAGUGGCUGAGAGUAUGACGGUGUUGGAGCGUAAGAACCUGCGGAGGGCCAUGUACUCCAAGGAAGCUGCCAAGACUGAGGAGGAGCACGAAGAAGAGUCUGUGGAAAGUGACGAGGAUGACAACCUGUCCCAGGCCAUGCGUCACCGCGCCACCAUCCCCUGGCGCUCCUGUGGGGUCUACCUGUCCUCUGCAGGGCUCCUCCUCCUGUCGCUGCUCCUCCUAUCACAGCUCUUCAAACACUCCUUCAUGGUUGCAAUCGACUACUGGCUGGCCCACUGGACCUCCCACGUCAUCACUGCCAAGAUGGACGCCGCCGGGAGAAACUGCACCGUCGCUCAGGAGUGUGGUUUCAGCCACUCGUGGUACCUGUCAGUGUUCAGUGUGCUGUGCUGUCUGGGCAUCAUUCUGUGUCUGGUCACCUCUGUGGCCGUAGAGUGGACAGGACUGAGAGUGGCCAAAGAACUACACCACAACCUGCUCAGCAAGAUCAUACUGGCACCUAUGAGGCUGUUUGAGACCACUCCCCUGGGCAACAUCCUCAACAGGUUCUCCUCUGACACCAACACUAUAGACCAGCACAUUCCUGCCACCUUGGAGUGUCUGAGUCGCUCCACCCUGCUGUGUGUGUCGGCGCUGGGGGUUAUCUCCUAUGUGACCCCUGUGUUCCUCAUCGCCCUGGUGCCCCUGGCCAUCGCCUGCUACUUCAUACAGAAGUACUUCCGGGUCGCCUCCAGGGACCUCCAGCAGUUGGAGGAUAGUACCCAGCUCCCCCUCCUGUCCCACUUCUCAGAGACAGUGGAGGGCCUCACCACCAUCCGGGCAUUCAGGUAUGAGCCCAGGUUCAGACAGAGGUUACUGGAGUACACCGAUGCCAACAAUAUCGCCUCCCUCUUUCUCACAGCAGCCAAUCGCUGGCUAGAGGUCCGCAUGGAGUAUAUAGGAGCCUGUGUGGUUCUGAUAGCAGCUGUGGCCUCCAUCACCAACUCUCUAUACAACCACCUCUCCACUGGCCUAGUGGGACUAGGACUCACCUACGCACUCAUGGUAUCUAACUACCUGAACUGGAUGGUGCGUAACCUGGCAGACAUGGAGGUUCAGCUGGGUUCAGUCAAGAGGAUCAACGGCCUGCUGAAGACUGAGCCUGAGAACUAUGAGGGACUGAUGGCUGCAUCUCAGGUGCCGGAUGGCUGGCCAAGGCAGGGAGAAAUUCAGAUCCAGAACCUGAGUGUGCGUUACGACACCACCCUGAAACCUGUCCUCAAACAAGUCAACGCACACAUCAGCCCUGGACAGAAGGUGGGGAUCUGUGGUAGGACAGGAAGUGGGAAGUCUUCUUUCUCCUUGGCCUUCUUCCGCAUGGUCGACAUGUUCGAGGGGCGUAUCAUCAUCGAUGACAUUGACAUUGCUAAGCUGCCUCUGCAGACUCUGAGGUCUAGAUUCUCCAUCAUCCUCCAGGAUCCCAUCUUAUUCAGCGGAACCAUCCGGUUUAACCUGGACCCAGAGAUAAAGGCUACAGACGACAUGCUGUGGGAGGCUCUGGAGAUCGCUCAGCUCAAACCUGUAGUCAAGACCUUACCAGGAGGACUGGACGCCACGGUGACAGAGGGAGGGGAGAACUUCAGCCAGGGCCAGAGACAGCUCUUCUGUCUGGCCAGAGCCUUCGUCAGGAAGUCUAGCAUCCUCAUCAUGGAUGAAGCCACAGCCUCUAUAGACAUGGCCACGGAGAGCAUCCUCCAGAAAGUGGUGAUGACUGCCUUCGCUGACAGAACAGUGGUUACCAUAGCACAUCGUGUCCACACCAUCCUGAACGCAGACCUGGUGAUAGUGAUGAAGAGAGGGAUCAUUCUAGAAUACGACAGACCCCAGGCACUGCUGGAGAAAGAAGACAGCGUCUUCGCCUCAUUUGUCAAGGCGGACAAGUGACCGAUGAGGAAGAGGGAGGAAAUUCAAAGUGCAUUUGAAGAGCUAAUUUCCAAAACGCUAUAUCCACAAAUUUUUCACAUUUGUGUUUUUUCAUCAGAAAUGAUUGCUUAUGGGUACGUUCAUGUGUGUGUAAAAUAGUACUGUUCUUAGAUUUUGUAUUAAUAGAUUUUUGAUGUGUAUGAAAUUAGUUUUUGCUAAAUGCUAUAUAUCCAUUGUUUAGCUGGAAUGGAAUGUUCGUAUCCUGUAUAUUUGACUGAAAUGUGGUUGU